AUGUCCUGCUGCCAGCCCUGCAACCCUUGCAGCCAGCCCUGCGGCCCCUGCCCGCUGGCCAGCAGCUGCAAUGAGUGUUGUGUCAGGCAGUGCCAGAGCUCCCACGUUGUCAUUGAGCCGCCUGCUGUGCUGGUGACCCUGCCCGGGCCCAUCCUCAGCUCCUUCCCACAGAACACUGCCGUGGGAUCUUCUACCUCCGCUGCUGUUGGCAACAUCCUCAGCUGUGGUGGAGUGCCCAUCAGUUCUGGGGGCUUUGACCUCUCCUGCAUCACCAACUGCUAUGGUGGCAGCAGAUGUCGUCCCUGCUAA